AUGGAUCAAAGAGAGACUGCUGCCAUGUGUUCACAAACAGACGGCCAAUGGACCCUUUCCCUCUCCAUCUACGACGUCCUCUUGCCUUUUAACCACCACAGCCUAUCCCCCUUCUGCUCUCAACCCAACCCUGACAAUUUUUUCUAUCUCCUCACAAACCCUCCGCCAUCCAAUUCUGUCUACCAUAUCAGUGGCUUAAAUAACGCCCGACUUCUGUCAUUGGCUAACAACAACGACCAAUCACUGACAUCCGGCCCGUUGAUUAGUUAUCGUCUACAUGUCACUCAUUCUACCAUCGACCAAUCAGAGGGCAUCCAACCGACGAAGACCGCGCCUACUCUAUUCACAGAUAUCAAUCUAACAGCUGAUAUAAAAUUUCAUCUUCUUUCAAAGUAUAUUACCUCCGACAAAAGUUCAUCUCUCAACAGGCCAGUCAGGGGAAAAGCCACUGGCCCCCAUGUAACAACAAAUACUUCCGCCCGGCGCAGACCUUUUUCUUUUGUUUACUUUAUUUUUCCUUGUCCCCCCCACCUUCCACACCACUGCCAUCGACCUUUUUUUUUUCCUUUCUCCGCCCUUGUAAGUCACAGCUUACUUUCUCGUUACACACCCAUUUCUCUCUCUUUUUUUAAACUUCUUUCUCUUGCCCUCCCUCACACUUCUACAACUUCCCCACUUCACCUACACUUCAUCAAAUAUUCUUCUGAUCUCUAA